AUGGCUUCCGUAGACGUUCUUUCUCAGUGGGUAGAUGUUACGGUCCUUGGGGAGAAACCGUUGGUUGACGCUGAGUUCAUCACUCAUCUUCGUACUCAUCACAGGCUCUAUAUGGCAAAAAGGAACGCUCAGGAGGCCUAUCAAAGGGUCCAGGAGGCCAAGGCGAAGUCCCGGGCUAGGUCCAGUGGUGCCAGGGCGAUCACCUCUCCUCCUCCUCCUCCUCCUCCUCCUAAGAAUACUGGCACUCCCCCUCAACCCAUUGUCAUUUCUUCCUCAAGUUUGUCUCGACCACCCCCUUCUGCCCAGGUCGUUAUUGAUGGCGCCAUCGUUUAUCCUCCUGCUCCCGAGGUUGUUUCCGAGUCGGAUUUGAAGACUCGGGGGCAGAGGAUUAUUGAGUCUCCUCCUCGCCCAAGAGAUCCUCCAAGUUCUUCAAUCCUUACCCCGACUUCCUCUUCGGCUCCUCCUCCUGGUCCUGGUGGUGCUCCUCCUGGUGGUGGUGAUUCCUCUACUCCGAUCAAAAAAUGA